AUGGAGUCCAAUUUUAUUGAACCGAUUUCUCAUUCCCCAGAUUCCUUCACCAACUGCAAUACCAUCCAUUCAAGUGACAAUUUUCUCAAUACUUGUGACGUGAAAGGUGAAAAGUUUAACAAGGUUAGCAAUGCCAUAGAAUGUAUGGACAUUACUGAGUUUGGAAGUGAUGACACAGAUCUUGUUGAUGAGGUUUGUUGCCUUGCCGAAGAUGAAAUACCAAUAGUUGGGAUGCAGUUUGAGGAUUUGAAACUGGCUCAGGAAUUUUAUGCUACAUAUGCAAAGAAAGUCGGUUUCGUAUGUAAGAUACGGAACACAAAUCUUGAUAGGAUGACAAAAGAACCGAUUAACCAAUCUAUCCAUUAUAACCGGGAGGGUUUUCGUGGAUCUCAUGUUAAAGCACCCACACGGAAGAACACGGUUGCAGGUGUGGGGUGCAGAGCAAGGAUAUAUGCAAAGUUUGACAGAGAGAAGAAAGACUGGGUCUUGUUGAAGGUUGAUUUGAGGCACUCGCACCCGUGUUCAACUAAAAAGGUGUUGCAUUACCACGAGAAUAGAGAGUCAACCAUGCAUGUGAAAUGCAUGAUUGAGGUUAAUGAUGAGGCAGGAAUUCGACCCGAUAAGACAUUUCUAGCAUUGGCUAAUGAGGUUGGUGGGCCGUCGAACUUGGGCUUCUUCGAGAAGGAUGUCAAGAAUUACAUCUCAGCAAGACUCCGAUCCACUAAUAUCAACGCCGAUGUUAAGGAGAUGCUGGAUUACUUGAUGCGAAUGAAGGAGAUGAAUCCGAACUUCUUCUACGUAGUAAAUGUGGACGACGAUUACAAAUUUCAAAGUGCAGUUUGGGUGGAUGUACGGUGCAGGGCUUCUUAUGAGUACUAUGGAGACGUGGUGUCAUUUGAUACCACAUACAGCACGAACCGGCAUGGUUUGCCGUUCGCCGCUUUCGUAGGUGUAAACCACCAUGGUAAGUCUACUUUGUUGGGUUGUGCUCUUCUAGGCACUGAGGAGAUCCCUAGCUUCGAGUGGGUGUUCACGCAAUGA